AUGAUGUCGGACGAUAUCCUUGCUGCUGAUGUUGCCAGCAAACGGAAUUUUACUGGUGAUCCUGCAAUUGAUGCGAAACAGCCUAUCUAUGGAGUAAUCAGUUUUGAACAAACGUCACGGGGUGUCCACAUCACAGGCCGUAUUGAUGGUUUAGGACAAGGGACUUUACACGGGUUUCAUAUUCACGAGUUCGGUGAUGUUAGUUCGGGUUGCACAACUACUGGCGCACAUUUUAAUCCGUUCAAUCGUACUCAUGGUGGUCUCAAUGACGUUGAAAAACAUCUAGGUGAUUUGGGAAAUGUAACAGCAGAUGCUAAUGGCGUAGUUCAUCUCGACAUACUCGAUCCAAUGAUGUCUCUUUACGGUGACCACUCAAUUGUUGGACGUGCUAUUGUUAUUCAUGCGAUGCCCGACGAUCUAGGUCGUGGAGGGAAUAAGGAAUCAUUGAAGACGGGAAAUUCAGGCGCGAGACUCGCUUGUGGUAUCAUCGGAUUUACAAAACCUUAA